AUGGAUCCAACAAGAGCUCCAGAUUUUAAACCGCCUACUCCGAACGAGGAACCACAUCCACCUCUAGCUCCAACUUCAACAAUCCCAAAAUCUGGCCCAAUCUUACCUUAUGUCUUAGCUGAUGAAAAUGCAUCCAUCGAUGCACCAUUUAAUAUAGCAUCUUUACCAUCAUCAAUUAAAAAUCAAAAUAAAAGUAAGAAAAAACAUCAGCAUCAACUCCAACAGAAACUCCAACAGAAACAUAGCAAUCAUUUACCUCAUAAUAAAUCUUUAUUGUCUUCCUCUACUUCCGCAAUUGCAGAAUCUUCUGAACUGAAAUCAUCUAAUACAAAAAAAAUAAUAAAUAAUAAUGAUAAUAAUGAUAACGAUAAUAAUGACUUUACUACAUCAAUAAAUGCUCCUGUCCCAAAUUCUUCUAAAUCAUCUCAUUCAAAUAGAAUACCAUUGAAAACUUCCGCUUUCCAACCAUUAUCUACAGAAGUAUCCUCAGAUGAAGACGAUUUGAACACUAAUGGUAAUGGCACCACUAGCAUCAAUACUAAUCAUAACGACGAUAAGAGCAAUAAUAAUAAUAAUAAUAGUAAUAAUAUUAAGAAUAAGAAUAACAACGACAAUGAAUUAAUUCCACGUCUUGCAAAUAUAAACGACAUAAAUACAAUCGAUGCCACAUUAUCUAAAAUGAAUAUAGGAGGGGUCCAUAAAAAUCAAAUUGCAGAUUUAGAAGAAGUACCACAUGGUAUAGUUCGUCAAUCACGUUCCAUGGAUACAUAUGAAUUCUCCACUCAUAGAUUAUCAAAAAUUUUACAAGAUUCAAAUAAAUUACCAUUAGUCAUAGUAGCAUGUGGUUCAUUUUCUCCUAUAACUUAUUUACAUUUAAGAAUGUUCGAAAUGGCAAUGGAUGCAAUUAAUGAACAAACAAGAUUCGAAGUGAUUGGAGGUUAUUAUUCUCCAGUUAGUGAUAAUUAUCAAAAACCGGGAUUGGCCCCUGCUUUCCAUAGAGUAAGAAUGUGUGAAUUGGCUUGUGAAAGAACAUCUUCUUGGUUAAUGGUAGAUGCUUGGGAAUCUUUGCAAUUGACUUAUCAAAGAACUGCAAAAGUUUUGGAUCAUUUUAAUCAUGAAAUUAACGUUAAAAGAGGUGGUGUCACAACUGUAACAGGUGAAAAAAUUGGUGUCAAAAUUAUGUUACUUGCAGGUGGUGAUUUAAUUGAAAGUAUGGGUGAACCAAACGUUUGGGCUGAUGCUGAUUUACAUCAUAUUUUAGGUAAUUAUGGUUGUUUGAUUGUGGAACGAACAGGAGCAGAUGUUAGAUCCUUCUUAUUGUCCCAUGAUAUCAUGUAUGAACAUAGAAGAAACGUUUUGGUCAUUAAACAAUUGAUUUAUAAUGAUAUUUCCUCUACAAAGGUAAGAUUGUUUAUUAGAAGAGGAAUGUCCGUUCAAUAUUUGUUACCGAAUUCCGUUAUUAGAUAUAUUCAAGAACAUAAAUUGUACGUUAAUCAAACAGAACCUGUGAAGCAAGUUAUGGAUAGUAAGGAAUAA